AUGGAGAAGGACAGGCCGGAAGUGAAGCCGCCCCGACCGGAAGUGCGCUCGUUUCCACGGCAACCGCUUUCCCCUCAGAGCGCCGCCAUGGCCUCACCCUGGGCCUCCACCCUGGUCGGGAAGAAGGGACGCCCAGGCAGGAUCCACGACGCGGUGAAGAAGGGCGACGUCGAGCGGCUCGGAGCGAUGGUGGGGAGCGGAGCCGGUGUCAACGAGGUGGAUCCCGUCCAUAAAUUUACCCCCUUACACUGGGCGGCCCAUUCUGGAAGCCUAGAGUGCCUCCAUUGGCUGCUCUGGCACGGGGCUGACGUGGCCCAGACGGCUCCGAGAGGAUGGACCGCCGCUCACCUGGCCGCGAUCAAGGGGCAGGAUGCUUGCAUGCAGGCCCUGCUCGGCGGCGAAGCAAACCCCACGGCCAGAGAUGACCGUGGCCGCACCCCAGGCCACCUGGCCGCUGCCCACGGCCACUCCUACACCUUGCUGACCGUCCUGCGGACCGGAGCGGACCCCAACGUGCCUGACCGGAGCGCCCGGACCCCCGUGCACUACGCUGCCUUCCACGGGCGGCUGGGCUGCCUCCAGCUGCUCGUCCGCUGGGGUGCUGGCGUGGACGACGUGGAUCAGGAUGGAAACCUCCCAGUUCAUCUUGCCGCCAUGGAGGGCCACCUGCACUGUUUCAAGUUUCUGCUCAGUAAAAUGGCCAGCGUGACCCAAGCGCUGACCGCCCGUAACGACCACGGCGAGAACGCAAAGGACCUGGCCCAGAGAUUCUUUAAAGAGGAGAUCGUGCGCUAUAUCGAGAGAGCGGGGGACGAGAGAGGAGGACUAGAAGACCAGGAAAGUUUAACAUUCCCGGGACACCAGGCGGCCUUUCAGGGGGACCUGGAGACACUGAGGAAGUUGGUGGAAAAUGGAAUCAUCAAUAUUAACGAGCGAGACAGUUUGGGAUCUACCCCGUUGCACAAAGCGGCCGGGCAAGGACACAUGGACUGCCUGCGGUGGCUCAUCGCAAUGGGAGCGGAUUGCAAUAUCACCAACAAGGCGCAGGAAACCCCCGGGGAUGUGGCCAGGAGGUUUGCCCGCUUGGCUGCAGGGCAGCUGCUGGGGACGCUGCAGGGGGAGGAGGAGGAGGCCCCCGAAGUCAUCGAUGCAAAGGACAGCAGGUUUUUCAAGAGCCACGGAGUGGAAGGGAGCACAGAUGCCAAGGGGGACUGCGACCCCGGUGAAGCUGAGAGAACCGAAGCUCGAAUGAGGGCUCACAAGAAGAUUGGAGAAUUGGAAGGACUUCUGGAAAUCGCCCGGAGCAACUACAAGCAGCUCGGAGGGAUAUCGGUGGAAGACAUCAAGCAGAAGAGAGAAAACCGAGAGGCCGAGAGGGCAAUCAAAGAACUGCAGCUCCAGCUGGAAUCCGAGCGGCUGCAGAGAGAGAAGCUGGAAUGUCAGCUGGGCGAGGCCCGGACGGAGGCCCGCCGGCUCAAGGACUCGCUGGAGAAACGUCAGGUGGCCCCAGCCGGGAUUGAGGAGGGCCAGCCCGGCCCCCGUUCGAGCCCGGAGAAGAGGAGAGGGAAGAAAAAGCCGACGCCUCCCGGAGUGUUUGUGUGGAGGUGCUGACGGGAGAGGGACAACCUGGUCAAAAAGCAAACCCAACGGCUCUCCCAGUUUCGUAUCUCUAGCUAUACCUGUCUGUCGUGCCGCGCCGGCGUAUCGCGUGAAGUAGCAGGAAUGGAUGCUUGAAUGUCUCAAGCAGGACCGAAGCUACUGCUCACGCUUUGGGGAGUUAAAAUCGGGUUCACCCUCCAAUCCCUGUUUAGGCGGUUAAAUAAUCGGAAUCGUGAGGUUGGAGGUGAACUUGCGAGGGGUAUAUUCCCGGCUUGGUUUUCCGCCCGUUAGAUCCCAGCUGUCGGACUUGGCCCCGGAGCCUUCGGAAGACCGUCUCUGUCCCGCCGUGCUCCGGAUGGCCCCCUGAGGUCAUCAUUGUGUUGCCAAUCUGUACUUCCCAAGCGCUUAGUACAGCGCUCUGCACAUAGUAAGCGCUCAGUAAAUACGAUCGAUGAUGAUGAGGAGGAGGUGGUGGCCGGCAGAGGAAGAGCAUUCGGCAACCGAGCCGUGCACCGAAGCCCCCGGGUGGGAAAGCCACCUCGAGUGACGAGAACCCAUGAAAUUCUAAGAGGAGCCAUUAAAUAAGUCACUUUGGAGG